AUGCCGUGGUGGUCGCGAGGGCCUGAGGGCGGCAAGGCAAGCCCCGUGCCUGCGGACGCACAGGCUACGCAGGAUGUGCUUGCAUCCAUCUUCACGCCGGCCAAUCGCGCACUUGCGCCACCCAGCGCCUCUGUCCGCGGCAGUGACGUGAGGAGCACUGCGUCGUCGUCGAGCGUUGUGUACACGGCAUCCGCCAAGACGCGCUCAUCAGCACCACCACCCGAAGGGACAGCACCGGCGAUCUUGGGAAGCCGUCACGACGGCGUGGAUGCGAGCGAAGGCCCAACUACGUGGUGGACAAGCCUCCGCAAGUGGCGCUCGUCUGCCCCGCUACCGUGCAGCGUCGAUGCAUCCACGCCAGAGUCGGCACUCUCCUCUACUACGACAAGCACAAGCCCUAUGCGCGCCUCAGAAAACGCAGACAAGGCCGCGCCCGGUGCUGCUACGGCCAUGGCUGCUGUAUCGUGGCAGACACUCCCAGACUGCCCACUGGCCGGCUACGAGCUCACACAUCAGGGUUUGGUCGACAGGCUGACCAAGCCACCGCACACCCUCACCGCGACGGAGCUGCGGAGUUUGAUCAACGAGCUCACAGCUGUGGAGCAGCAGGCCAAGUACGACGUGGACCGGCAGUUCAGUAGUCACAUUGGCAGUCGUGGCCUGCAUGGGUUGGAGCUGCUCAUCAACCCAUGUCUUUGGCUCACCUCCAUCUACCUGAUGACGUGGAAGACGGCGCGGCUCUACCACAACGCGCUGCCGCAGAAUUCAGUGUUGUUCACGCGACUGCUCGCAUUGAUGCGGCUCCGCCUGCCGGCAGAGCAGCGAGAGCUCAUGGCGCAGCGGCACCAACGGCUGAUGCGAGCCACCAACGCGCGAGUAAGCCUGUCCUUCCUGAGCGGCUCCGCUCUCUUCGCGUUGGCGUGGGUGUCACAGCCGCCAGCCAACAUCAUGGAAGAGGCGGCUGACGUGCAGACAGCGAAGGAAUUGAUCGCCUACCAGCGCCACUUCGAGGCGUCGUUGAAAUGGUGCUGGUACGUGUACUACCACCACCCUGUCUACUCAACCGCGAGUGGCGGCAACAAUGAGAAGAGCAGCAGGUAA